ACACAAACGUCCCAAUGGAGACAGAGAUCCUGUGACACAGCCAUCAUCAUGCAGUUUAUAAGUCACAGAUUUCCAGAGGAUCAUGACCCUACUAUCGAGGAUGCCUAUAAAACACAGAUCCGCAUUGACGAUGAGCCAGCAAACCUGGACAUCUUGGACACAGCAGGACAGGCGGAGUUCACAGCCAUGCGUGAUCAGUACAUGCGAGCGGGUGAAGGUUUCAUCAUCUCAUACUCCAUCACGGACCGCCGCAGUUUCCAGGAGGCUCGCCACUUCAAGCAGCUGAUCUACCGCGUGCGGCGCACCGUCGACACCCCCGUCGUGCUGGUGGGAAACAAGUCUGAUCUGGUCCAUCUCAGACAGGUGUCUGUGGAGGAGGGCAAACAGCUGGCGAGGGAGUUCCAGUGCCCCUUUUUUGAGACCUCCGCGGCGUUCCGCUAUUACAUCGACGAUGUGUUUGCUGCACUGGUGCGUCAGAUCCGCCAGCACGAGGCCGAGAUGGUGCGGGGCGGCGAGAGGAAAACCCGGCGCAGCCACUCCUUCUGGAGCCGCCUUAAAGCCCCCUUCCAUAAGAAACAGCAGUCCGAGCACUGAGAAGAAGGGCAUGUUGGGAUACCGUGGCCUUCUCACCUGCAGCUGUGUUAGUCCCAUCUCCCUCAGAUGGUUUGAGAACUGCAUUUAUAGUUUCUGUCUUGAUUGUUUGCAAUGAUGCACUCCCAAUCAUUUCAGUUAGACCGAACCCUCACUGUGCAGGACACACUCACUGUCGUCAUUUGGGACGUGGACUGAUUUACUGAUGUUAGAGAUUAUGAAAGAAAUAUUAAACUUGACAGUAGUUAUUAUGUUUCAUUUUUGGACAGCAUUAUACUUUGUGAAGGUGAAUGUCGGGGGGAAUGUUGUACCUCAUAUUUUAACGGAUGGGAAUGUAAGAAGGACGUGCUACAUGUGUUUUUUUGAAAAGGUCACGUCAGACACGGGUCAGAGGUUUGCUUGUUGGAAAAAAACGAAGGUCGAAUGAGUUUAAGAGAGCAGACAGCAUGGGGUGCAGAGUGGAGAGAAAGAAAAGAAAGCCACGUGUUGCAGGGUGAGUAAAUAGGCAAGGGUUUAUGGUAGAAAUAUUAAUCUGCCGGUAUAAUGAGUACUGUAAACCAAUUUGUUAGACACAUUUUAAAAAACCCUUGCUGUAGUUGCUUUAGCUUCUUCUCAAAAACUGGGUGAAUAACAUGUCCAGGUCACAUUUCACCCAUUUUUUAAUAUAUAUAUUUUUUUAAAUAAAUAAUUAAUAAGAUGGGAUGCAUUGCAAAAUAUUUUCAUUAUAACUGGAAGCACAUUUUCCCCUCAAAUUCUCUUAA